AUAUUACACUUAGAGACACCAAACAAACACAUUAGUAUAUCUCAGUGAGGUUAAGUGGAAGAGCAACAAUGGCGGACGAGGUGAUUCUUCUGGACUACUGGCCGAGUAUGUUCGGAAUGAGGACGAGGGUUGCUCUAGAGGAGAAGAACAUCAAGUUCGACUACAGAGAACAAGACCUAUUCAAUAAAAGCCCGUUUCUCCUCGAGAUGAACCCGGUUCAUAAGAAAAUCCCGGUUCUUAUCCACAAUGGUAAACCGGUUUGUGAAUCUCUCAUCCAGGUCGAGUACAUCGACGAGACUUGGCCAGGGGGCAACUCGUUCCUUCCUUCUGAUCCUUACCAAAGAGCUCAGGCCAAGUUUUGGGGAGAUUUCAUCGACAAAAAGGUGUAUGGUCCAACGAGGUUGAUAUGGGGAGCGAAAGGAGAGGAGCAAGAGGCGGGGACGAAGGAGUUCAUUGAGAUGCUCAAGAUGCUAGAGUCUGAGCUUGGAGACAAGACUUACUUUGGAGGUGAAACAUUCGGCUAUGUGGAUAUAGCUAUGAUCGGAUUCUACUGCUGGUUCGACGUUUUGGAGAAGUGUGGGAAUUUUAGCAUCGAAGCAGAGUGUCCAAAGCUGAUUGCUUGGGCUAAAAGGUGUAUGAAGAGAGAGAGUGUGGAUCUUGAUCGUGGUGGAAAAAUCUGAAGAAGACUCUUGAGUCAUCGAAAUGUCUAGUUACAAGGUUUUAGGGUAUCUAAACAUGUUUGUUUCAAAUAAAAGCAAAACCAUAUCAGCCCUGGCAACGAUUCGGAUACUUUAGGUCCAAUAUAAAACGGGCUAUUCAAACUGGUCCUUAAUUCAAAUCAGUUUUGGACCUUUUGGUCUCUGUUCAUGUUCUACUCA